AUGGCCGACAACACCCGCAGCCUGACUAUCAAGAAUGCGGGCCCCAAUAUCUCUGCCUUUUUCAACAGCAAGUACAACCUACAGGUCGCCAAGAGCCUUAUCACCAACAAUCAAUUGACCUACAACAUGGUUUGGCAAUCCCACGUCCUGGCCCUGAACAUGAAUGUCGAAUGGAAGCCCGUCUACGGCCUUGAUUGGACUACAGAAGUCCCCGUCCUCGACCUCGACGCCAUGGGCAUGUGGGAACAGUCUACCGCCAUUCCCAAACUCCGCUACCUCAAAGUCGGCAAGAACAAAGCCCAGACCGAUACCGGCACUAACAGUGUCCAAUUCAUGGUCGGCGUCCAGGAGGCAAGGUACGGGUUCAGCCCGAUCUUUGUGGACCCGGCGGAGACGGGUAAAGGUAUGACGGCACUGUACCAGCCGCAGGAAAAAGUACAGUGGUGGUAUUAG